AUGCAGUUCACCACUUUCGUCCUUCUCGCUGUCGCUGCGGCCACCGCCUCUGCCCAGGCUCCUCAGGCCUACUACGGCCAGGGUGCAAAGUCCGCCCAGGUCCACACCUUCGAGACCCGCAAGGCCGUGCCCACCAGGGUCGCUGAGGUCUACGGCGAGCACGAGCAGGAGAGGGUCACAAAGACCAAGGUCUACCACGCCCUUGUCACCGAGGAGGCGCAGCACCACGGCGAGGAGCACAAGGCCGCACCAUACAAGGCUUACAAGGUGUACUCUGUCGCCAGCUCCUACUCUGCGCAACCUAGAGCCACCCAUGCGGCUGAGCACUACGGAGAGGGGAAGAAGGCCGAUCACUAUGCCGAGCCAGCCAAGGCUGUCCACGCCGACCCACACCACGUCGACCCAGUAAAGGCCCGCCCAACCAUGGCUGCAACAGAGAUGAAGCAGCCAGAGAAGGAGGCACCAUCCACCGUUUGCGCCAAGGGUAGCGAGAUCUCUUGCUGCACCACUGACAGCUCUAACUCUGGGGCGCUCGGCAAUGUUCUCGGUGGCAGCUGCCUUCUCCAGAACCUCUCGCUUCUGUCUUCCCUCAACUCCAACUGCGCUGCUGCCAACACUUUCUGCUGCCCAACCACACAGGAAGGUACGCUCAACAUCAACUUGAGCUGUAUCCCGAUCAGCUUGUAA